UUUGCACACUCAACCAUCAGACAGGAGAAGUCAAAGGAGUUGACAAGAGUCACCAAAAGAGUCAAAGGAUUGAACAACUUCAACCACUCAAACUCUCCUAAGAUGAAGACAUUCAGUGUUGCAGUUGUAGUGGCCGUUGUGCUCACCUUUAUUUGCCUUCAGGAGAGCUCUGCUGUUCCAGUCACUGAAGAGCAAGAGCUGGAGCAGCCAGUGAGCAAUGACAAUCCAGUUGCUGCACAUGAAGAGAUGUCAGUGGAAUCCUGGAAGAUGCCGUAUCACAACAGACAGAAGCGGAACCCCGCCGGCUGUCGCUUUUGCUGUCGUUGCUGUCCUAACAUGAUUGGAUGUGGUGUCUGCUGCAGGUUCUGAGGAUUCCUGCACCAACCUGGGAUUUCCACAGCAAUGGCCAAAUAUUAAGUUGUUCAACUUUUUCCCUGCUAGCACUUCUACAACUUUCAAUUGUGGUUGUAAAUAUCUGAGGAUGUUAAUGAAUUUGGUCAUGAUGUAGCAACUGUGUGUCCUCAUCCGCGUAUUUUCCUAAAUAUUGUGAUAUACUGAAGUGUAUGAUAAAUAAAAUUGAAUAUUUCCAUC